AUGCCGAUUAUAUGGAAGAGGCAAGAGGACUUCAACUACUCUGAUGGAUCUGGAAACGCAGAACAGGAUGAUGACGAUUUUGAAAACCGGUACUAUAUCGCCAAAGGCAAGAAAGGCGACGAUCCAGAGGCAGCGUUGAAAGACUUUCGAUCCAUAGCUCAGGAUGAACCAGAAAAAGGAACCUGGGGGUUCAAGUCGCUGAAGCAGAGCACAAAGCUACUCUUCCUGGUCCUAAAGCGACCGAAGGAUGCCCUUGAGACAUACAAGUCACUGCUCACUUACACCAAGGCGGCAGUCACACGAAACGAAUCGGAGAAGGCGAUCAAUGGCAUUCUUGACUAUGUUGGAGGCGGAAAGGGUGGCGCAGUGGAAGUAGAGGUGUUGGAAAACUUCUACGAGGCAACUAGGAAUGCCCUCAAGGACGCUAGGAAUGAGCGUUUAUCAACCAAGACCAACCUCAAACUUGCCAAACUGUGGUUGGAUCGUGGCGAAUACGCUCGUCUCAAGAAGGCACGUAUCUCUCACAUGGAUCGUCAACUGCCAGGAUCUGAAUCGCCUGGAGGAGACGAAGACCAGGCCGCCAAAGGAACGCUCCUCCAAGAGAUUUACGCUUUAGAAAUCCAGAUGUACAACGAGACAAAGAAUUACAAGAAACUCAAGGAGAUCUAUUAUGCAUCCGGUCAAGUCACUUCGGCCAUCUCUCAUCCUCGCGUUGUUGGCGUGAUCAAGGAAUGCGGAGGCAAGAUGUGGAUGCGAGAGAAGCAAUGGCAACGCGCCUCUGAGGAUUUCUUCAGCUCCUUCCACAACUAUGACGAGGCAGGCUCUUCUCAACGUAUUCAAGUGCUGAAGUACCUCGUGCUUGCCUACCUCCUGAUGGGAAGCGAGAUCGACCCUUUCGACUCUCAAGAGACGAAACCGUACAAGAACGACCCACAGAUCAAAGCCGUCACUGACCUCGUCGGAGCGUACCAACGUAAGGAGGUCCACGAAGCUGAAAAGAUUCUGCGCGAGAACCAGUCCACCUUCAUGGACGAUCCCUUCAUCAAGUCGUAUAUCGGAGAUUUGCUCAGGGCAUUGAGAACCCAGUACCUCAUCACGUUGAUCAAGCCAUAUACACGACUGGACAUGAGCUUCUUGGCUAGGCAACUUAAUAUCGGCAAGCCAGAGGUCGAAGAAAUCUUGAUCGGUCUCAUCUUAGAAGGCAAGGUCGAAGGCCGAAUAGACCAAGUCACGGAACGUCUAGAACUAGACCGACACCAAAUCUUAGAGAAGAGACGAUACCAAGCCUUGGAUCAGUGGACUGCCACGCUCGAAAGUAUCCACGCAGCCGUAGUCAACAAGACCGCCAGUCGAGGUGGGGGCCCCGAACCGUUUGAAUUUGACGGGCCGCGAUGGAGAGAAUGA